AAUGAAAACGUAGGAAAUUUUGUUUGUUCGGUCCGAAUUCUAGUGGUAAAAUUCUGAUCUCGAAGUUUUUGUGGGCGGCAGAUGCAAAAGGAUGAACAGAUUAGGGAAGAAUCCUCUGGUUCUUGAAAAGGCGACGCUGAAAUCUAUCUCUAUCAGGGUUGAGAAUUGGUCGCCGCCGGCACAUAGAUUCCUGAAGAGGUGUGUCCGUGCAGGGAACGUAGAGGCAUGCUAUUUGCUCGGGAUGAUAGAAUGCUAUUGCUUGGGGUUACGCAGAGAUGGAUGCCACACCCACACGAGAAAAGGAUUGAGAUAUUUAUUACGAGCCUCGCGGCGCGGUCAUGCGGCGGCGACGUACUCACUGGCCGUGAUUUUUUUUAAUGGCACUGGAAUGGGGAAGAGCCAGGAGAAUCUCAGCACCGGGUUCUCUCUCUGCCAGCGCGCAACCCAGCUUGGCUACGUUGAUGCGAUGCGGGAGCUCGGGCAUUGCUUGCAGGACGGCUAUGGCGUUGCCAAGGACGUUCCCCGCGGACGCCGGCUCCUCGUCGAUGCCAACACUCGUGAGCUCGCUGUCUCUCGAAGCAGUCGGCCCGUCGCGUCAGCCGCUGCCCUUCCGGGCGAAGGGAGCUCCCGCUCCGAGUACUGCUAUCUCCAUAGCGAUUUCGGAUGUGACGUGCCCGCUCCUGAAGUCCACCCCGCCAACCGCUUCAUGGCAGAGUGGUUUCAGACGAGGCAGAAUUUGGGCGAGAGCGUUCGACUGUGUGCGAACGCCAACUGCAGUCGGCCGGAAACGAGAAGAUUUGAGUUCCGGGUAUGUUCGAUGUGCGCGGUUGCUUGUUAUUGCUCCCGGGCGUGCCAAGCGGUUCACUGGAAGACGGUUCAUAGUGCUGCUUGCACGGCAGCCAUAGCGGCGAGACGGGUUCGGAUCUUCAAUAAUGCUUUGGCGAGAUUUGAAUAAAACCAGUGGUUCCUUCAUCCUUGGUGAAUAAAUUCAAUGUAUUAUUUGACAAAUUCAAUUAGCAAAAGUGAGAAAAGAACCAUUUUUAUUCAAUAAG